AAUUUAGUGUACUACGGAAGAACGUGAUUGUCAUAGUUGAAAAGUCUACCAAGACCGAUAGUGAACGGAGUUCGUUUUGGUUGUGUUUAUAUACGGCAUAAUUUCCAUAUAUGAAAUCAAUAUACAGUGAAUUGUCAGCAUUCAAUUCAAUUAUUUAUUAAUGCAACAAAACAAUAAUUUGACGAUUAGAGUGUAUUGAAAUGAGUUAAUUGAAGAAUGUCAUUAGCGGUCGACCAUAAUAUCAAUUGGUUAAACUUGAACUUUUAAUCCUAAUUUACAGGCAAAUCGUACCGAUUAAGUAAAGCUUUGGACUAUAUCAAAACUAAGCCCAGACGAAGGCCGAUACAAUAAAGCCAACAAAUAUCCAUACCAGUAGCCGAGCUUUUGCAAGUAUUCUUAUAGCGAAUUAACAACAGCAAUUCAACUGAAAUGAAUUCACUUUACAUCGCUUGCACUGCAGUACUGCUGCUGCAAUGCAUUUCGAUAGCCAUUAGUUGUGCGAGUCCGUCGUGUUCAUGUCAAUGCGAUAAAGAUCCACCAUUAAAGCUCAUAUUUCAAAUAGUCGAACACUUUAAAGAAGUUCAGGGUUGUGGUCGCAAAUUUACUACCAGUCACAGUGUAUCCGACGAUGGUGUCAGACUAAUAAGCUACCAUGCUGAAUUAAGGCAGAAUGAAUCAUCAACUGAACUAUGUGACUGUAUCCAUGGCUACUUGAGUCAAAAGGACUGGUUGGAUGGUUCAACAAAAUCGUGCUGUGUGAAGAAAAACAUAGCGACAAUGACAAUUGAGGGAGAACCUGAUCCAGCAUUUGACAAUAUCAGCACGGAUAAUCCGUUGGAACAACUUGAAAGAAUUUUCGCCCAAUUUAAAUAUGGUGAAUUCCAAAAUCACCAUUGCCGGAAGAGUACUACUGAAGAUGAGGAUGGCAAGAUUCAUUUCUAUGUAGAAUGCGAUCUACGUCCGGACUCGCCGAGCAAAGAGGAAUUGUGCACCGGAAUCGAGCAAUAUCUAAAUCAAGAUAGUUGGUUGGGAGAAUUGACCUCUACAUCUAAAAUUGACGGAAAUGUUCUGUAUAUGGAACUGACGGCAAAAGAUGGGUAGGAUGCUUUUAAACACACACACAUCUUUGGCACAUAACAAAGAUGACAGGGGGAUUGGUGUGAGGUGUUAGAGUAUGGGCAUGGGCAUGACGGCUGUUUAAUCUAAACCUUAAAAAUCGAAGAGCACAACGGAAGUUUAAGAUUUUGUUGUGUUAUACCAAAUUUUACUAAUAAACGUUCCUUUUCAACAUUCAACCUUAUC